AUGGCGUCGUGGAACCGAGAGAUUGUGGUUCUUAUGCUGCAAUUUCUCAAGGAAGCGAAUUACAUGGAGUCUAUGCACAGGCUGGAGAAAGAGUCGGGAUUCUUUUUCAAUACAGAGUAUUUUGGUGAGAAAAUUCUUGCUGGAGAAUGGGAUGAAGUUGAGACGUACUUGUCAGGUUUUACCAAGCUUGAUGAUAACGGAUACUCAACGAGAAUAUUCUUUGAGAUCAGGAAACAAAAGUAUCUUGAGGCUCUUGAUCGGCAAGAUAGGGCAAAAGCAGUCGAGAUACUUUACAAAGAUCUGGCAUUCCUCUCCACUUCCGAGGAGGGACUUUACAAAGAAAUGACUCUACUUUUAAUUUUGCCAAACUUCAGGUUAAAUCAGAACCUUUCCACAUAUGGAGACAUUGAAAAUGCUCGGAGCAUAGUGUUAGAAGCAGUUAAAAGACUUAUCGAAGCGAAUCCUCUUUUUCAUGAGAAAUUGAUAUACCCUACCUUGAGAACUUCGAGACUGCGGACUCUGAUUAGUCAAAGUCUUAAUUGGCAGCACAGUUUUUGCAAUAAUCCUAGACCAAACCCACAUAUUAAAACUCUAUUCACAGACCACACGUGUCCAAACCCAAAUGGUGGUGCUGUUGCUGCUAAUGCUGGUGCUUUAGCUAAUUGGAUGGCUGAUGCGCCUGCCGUUGUUAUACCUGCCUCAAUGUUUCUACCUCAGAAUCAAGUACCAAUUCUGAAGCGACUGAGAACACCACCAGCAACUCCAGGUAUAGUAGAUUAUGAGAAUCCGGAUCAUGAACGAACGAAGCGUCUCCGCCCUGCUCCAUGGUCGCUGGAAGAUUUGCCAACAAAGCCAGCUAUGGCGUUGCAUCAAGGAUCGACUGUGACAAGCAUGGAUUUCCACCCUAUGCAAAAUACAUUACUUCUUGUCGGAUCUGUGACUGGAGAAAUCACGUUGUGGGAACUCUCCGUUCGAGAGAAGCUGGUUUCAAGGCCAUUCAAGAUAUGGGAUACGGAUAACCGUACACUUCCAUUUCAGGUUGAAUCCCAUGCCGGUGCUGUGAAUGACUUGGCUUUCGCUAAUCUGGACAAAAAAGUAUAUGUAGUUACUUGCGGAGAUGAUAGGCUAAUCAAGGUAUGGGAUGUCUCUGGUUGGAAGCAAUUUAUUACCUUUGAAGGUCACGAUGCUCCUGUUUAUUCCGUUUGUCCUCAUCAGAAAGAGAACAAUCAGUGUACUACGAUGCUUUACAGUGCUGAUGGGACUAGAUUGUUCUCUUGUGGAAAGAGUGAAGAUGGAGACUCUUUCCUGGUUGAGUGGAACGACAGUGAAGUAUCAAUUAAAAGGAAAUAUUUUGGGUGUAGCAAAAAGUUGACAGGUGCAGCUCAGUUCGAUAGCUCAAAGAACCACUUUCUUGCUGUUGGUGAAGACGGGCAAAUCAAGUUCUGGGAUAUGGACAAGAUCAAUGUUCUGACUAGCACUGAUGCUGAGGGUGGACUCCCGGCUCUCCCUCGUUUGAGAUUUAACAAGGAAGGGGAUCUACUAGCCGUUUCUACAGCAGAUGAAGGAUUUAAGAUCUUAGCAAACGAAGCUGGUUUCAAAUCUCUGGGAGUUGUUCCUGUUGCAUCUGUCAGCUCUCUAGUCAGACCCUCUCCAAUGCUGACUGGAGUUGCUGCCUCAAGCUCAAGGAUUGAUGAGUCAGCAGACAAACCACAACCUCGGCAAUUAGCUGAAAUCUUGGACCCUUCCCAUUGUCGCCAGGUUACUUUACCGGAUACCACUGGUUCUUCCACAAAGGACGUUCGGCUUCUGUAUAUGAAUUCGGGCGUUGGAAUCUUGGCACUAGGUAUUAAUGGUAUCCAGAGACUAUGGAAAUGGGUUAAAAGUGAGGAGAACCCUGAUGGAAAGGCAACCACUACUGUUGCUCCUCAGCUUUGGCAACCAGACAGUGGUGUUCUCAUUACAAACGAUGUCUCUCGUGUAAACCUUGAAGGGUCUACUCCAUGUAUGGCUCUCGCUAAGAACGACUUAUACGUUAUGUCGGCUGUUGGAGGAACAGCCUCGCUGCUCAACAUGCUGACUUUUAAGGUGAUGAAAAAAUUCUUACAGCCUCCACCAGCAUCAACAAUUUUAGCGUUCCAUCCUCAAGACCAUUUCAUCAUCGCUAUUGGAAUGGAUGACUCCAUGAUUCGCAUCCAGAAUCUCCAAACGUAUGUGAUCAUAGCAAAUCUAAACGGUCACAAAGAACGCAUCACCGGCUUAUCAUUUUCUACAACCCUAAACAUAUUGGUUUCAUCUGGUGCUGAUGCACAGUUAUCCGUUUGGAGCUUAUACACAUGGGAGAAGAGGAAAUCAGUUGCAAUACAAAUGCCAGCAGGCAAACCCGCCAGUGGAGACACACGGGUUCAGUUUCAUGUCGAUCAGAUCCAUGUUCUGGCAGUCCAUGAGACGCAACUGGCGAUAUUUGAUGCUUCCAAGAUGAAUUGUGUCCGACGGUGGAUUCCACAAGACUCGUUGUCUGCUCCUAUAUCUUCAGCAGUGUUUGCAUGCAACAGCAAGUUGAUCUACACCGCUUUCCGUGAUGGUAACAUUGGAGUGUUCGACGCAGACAGUCUCAGAUUAAGAUGUCGUAUCUCUCCAUCCGCCUACUUUCCUCAAGGGAGCCAAGGCUUGUCUCCUCUAGUUGUGGCGGCUAACCCGAAAGAUCCAAACCAGUUUGCAAUUGCUUUGAACGAUGGGUCAAUUAAGGUGAUUGAACCGACAGAGGCUGAAGCCAUGUAG